UGCUGCUGCUGCUGCUGCUGCUCCGGUGUGUUGCAACUCGACUCCAGCUCAGUUCCCGGUGGAGAUUUUUCUGUCAGACAACUUGUUCCCGUCGGCUUACUUUUGUUCUGUGAGUCUGUGUUUCUGUGUUUCAUUUAAUAUGAGACGAGGAAUGAAGGUCUCUUCCUCUCCCGACGGGCUUUAACUUUUUUUUUUGUUUGCCACGUUCAGUGCGUAAAAACGUAAGUUGCGCUUUUUGAAACUCUCUGUAUGAAAGCUCGCUGUGCGUUUGUGAAUCCAGACGGAGCUGAACGGAGAGAGGGAAUUUCCAAAAUCCAUCAGACACCAAGGUGGAUAGUAUCGGCCCUCAGUCCACGAUGUCCUCCAGAGGUAAAAACGACUUGUGCAGAAUAUGUGGCGGAGCUCUCCUGGGAAACCAAAGGCGGUGGCUGUUUGGGGGCCAAAAUAAGAAGACUGGUCAGCCUCAGACCCCGACAGAGUCCCUGAGAGGAGGAAGCCUAUCCCGGUCCUCACAGAGCAGCCCCUGGGGCAGUACAUUAUCUCUGGGUUCCUCGGGGUCUCUCUCCAAGUCUCAGUUAUCCCUGAACUCCCCGUCCAAAGGAAUGGAUCUGCUCUCGGUGUUGACUCAUAUACUGGGGCAGUCUGUACAGCGGGGCAGCGGGCAGGGGGAGUUUGUGUGUGGCAAAUGCAUGUGCGUCCUCGAGCGGGUAUUCAAGUUCGACACGGUGAUAGCCAGGGUGCGGGUGCUUUCGUCCGAGAGGCUGCAGAAGCUGAUGCAGGAGAGGGACAAGAUCAGACAGUGGGUACGCCAAAACUACCACCAGAGAAACCCGCGGGAGUUCCAGAGCCGGGGCAGCACCAGCGAGGAGGAUGGCGAGGCGGAGAAGGAGGGCUACAGGGAGAUGCUCAAAGAGAAUAUGGCACUCUCGGAGUACGAGUGCUGGUCCGAGAAGUGGGACACGUGUCCGUAUUUUAUAAGAACGGGUAAAAGAUGUAAAAAAGGCAAAGGGUGUGAAGGCUGUGAUUCCUUAAGGGUGUCCGACUCGGAUUAUGAGUCCGUUUGUGGGGUCCCUCGCAACUUGCCUUUUCAACCCUUCUCCCCAUUGGCAUUAUCACGGGACAAAUCCCAGAGCAUGCCCCUCCACUGGCAGAGGGUGCCAUCCAUCAGCUCCAGUCGGUCGUCACUGGCGGGGUCCUGUCUUUCCUUACAAGAGUCUUCCCGCACUGCGUCCAUUCAGUCUCUGGACUCUCUUGACGGCAACGACCCGUUCGACUCACCAGGUGUUCAGUCAGUCAACUUUGUGCUGAAGGAGCUGAGAAGCAUUGAAGGAAAGCCGGUCAGUUCGCCAUCGGGGAGCAGGAUCCCAGUUCUGGGCAGGAAGGAAGGGAGGUGCUCGGGAAAAGUUGGAGAGAUGGCGUCGCCCUCGGUGAACAGGGUGCUGAAUUUUGGGAAUGUGGAGAACGGAGGGGAUGAAAUGGAUGAAGAAGAUGGGGAUGUGCUAACAGAGCUGAGGGACGAGUUCAUGCCUCUUCAUCGAGAGAGCUCAACUGGCAGGGUUCAACACGCCGUCAGGCACCUACGAGGCCAGCUGGACCAAGCUGUGUCCCGCAUCAGGACCCUGGAAGCCGAGCUGAAACAUGGGAGGAGCCAACCAACGGAAGUAAACGGAUCAGAAGACUGGGCCCCUUUGGUCCAGGAAGAGGGUGGCAGUUCCCUGCUGCAGGGCCUCGGACACUCCCUCCACAGCCGGGAGCGUCUGAUCCAGGAGUGUAUGGGUCUGAUCAGAAGACUGUGUGUGGAGGAGGGAGCGGGGACUGAGCUGACCAACAAGCUGACCGAGAAUCUGAAGCAAACUCUGUCUGACAACAAGGCUGCUCUGGAGACUUUGAGGUCUGAUGUGACUGAGAGAGAGAAGGGCCUAGAGAAAGAGAUUGAUGCCCUGAGGAAGGCUGGAAGAGACAGAGAGAGAGACCUCGACACACUCAACACCGUGCUGCAGUGCAACCAGGAUAUUAUCAAUGACCUGCGAGUGGCUCUGGGGGAGAAGGAGCGACUGCUGAAGGAGGUGGAGAAAGAGAGGGAGGUGUGGAGACAGAGGGACCGGGCCCUCACUACGGUCCUGCAGGAGAAGGAGGCUCUGAUCCACCGCCUCAAAGAGGAGCUGGAGAGCUGUCAGAAAGAUGGACAGGCUGUCUGUGACUCUGUGAUUGGUAAGGGGUUGGCUGGGGGUGGGGAUCAGCUGGCAGCCUUGUUGGAGGACAGAGAGGGAAACAACGCCACCUUGUGCAAGGAGGUCACCAAACUCACCACAGCCCUGCAGGAAUACCAGGAUAUGGUGAAGAAUCAGCAGGAGAGCCACAGUCAGACGUUGUCUUCUCUGACAGCCCAACUCAGAGACACUCGGCAGGAGCUGAGGGAGAAAGAGAAGGAGAAGAAGGAGGCCAAUAGAGCCUGGCAGAACAACAGAGAGGACAGAGAGAGAGAGGAGAGGAAACUGAGGGACAGCCUGGAGAAGAGAGACAAACUCAUAGAGCAAAUCCUGUUGGAUGCAGAGGAGCGGGACCAUCUGUUUAGAGAGCUGCAGCAGAACCUGCAGAACAAACGUGAGCCUCUGACUGCCAUCAAACACACACUGUGAUAGAGGACAACUGAGCUGACAAGAUGCAAUCUAACUGCACAGAGACGAGAUUACUUUUGCACUUUCUGCACCGACCUCUUCAGCAUAUUUAUUAUGGUGUACAUUAAGUCUAUUUAUUUAUUUCUACAUUUUUUGGGGGGUUUGCGUUUGCACACCUGCCUUUUGUCCUGGCGUGGGCUGAAGGAAAGUUAAUUUUUUUUCCGCAAUUACUACUAAACUCUCUGGAGUGAAUCAGUAAUUUCAGACUUUAGAGAGUCAGACACAGCCUGAUUGGUUUCAGUACAUACAGAUGUCGGGUCUAGCUUCUUAUAGCUGGAUGUUUAAUACUUGAUUUAAAAAUCACCUGAUUAUUGUAUUUUUGAAUGUUAUGGGUCUAAUGGUUAGGCAGUGAUUAGAUUUCAUUUCAUGCUGCAGGAUUUGUUGCUGAUACAAACAUUUCUGAAUGGUAUUGUUAGUGGAUGAUUUAAUCAAACCUGUGUGAGUGAGUGAGUGAGUGAUUUGGGUACAAUAUUAAUUUAAAUCUGAAUUUGUCUGUUAACUCUUUGCCAUGGUGUCUUUAUUGUGUUUGACUUUCUCAGUACAGAACUGUCACUUUUGUUUACAGUGCUAGUUUAGCACUCGUGGAGGGGAAUACUUUGGACCAAAAUAAUAUUUUUAACUUAAUUUUUCUGCUUUUAUUUGUCUGUCUUUUUUUUAUUUUUUUUCUCUCAAUCUCAAUGAUCUUCAAUGUGUUUACAUGUCUUGUAGCCUGUUGUUAAUCUGGGACUUAUAACUGGAGACAUUUUUUUUUUCUUUUAGCUCAAGAGAAUUAAACACUCUGAUCCAAAUUA